CGACUUUUCUUAAGGUUAAAUAGAGAGCACAGGAGAAUAAUGGACAAUACUGACACAACGGAAAAAUUGUUUUCAUCCAGUAAAGUACACAACAGAAGCCUCUUUAUGUUUGGGAAUAAUCUAACGGAUAACGUAGGAGAAGAAGAAGAAGAAAUUUUCCAACAUACCUUUGAAAUCUUCGUUUCUACUACUAUAAUGUUAAUAGUUGGAGCUUUUGGAAACUGUUUCACAAUUAUUUUUAUUGCUGUGAAAGGAAAGUUGCAUACACCAACUUUUACAGUUAUUGCUUGUCUUGGAAUUGCUGAUCUUUUGGCAUCAUGUUCCCGAUUUAUAUCAGCUCUGAACAUAUAUUUUCCGAUUUUCAAUUACAAGGAGAUUACAAUAUAUCAUAUUUUUACCCUGUUCUUUCUACAUGCGGCAAACUGGCAUAUAGUUUUACUUGCUUAUGUUCGCUGUGCAUUGAUAUCGUCACCAUUUGAAAGUCUUGGAAUAACAUGUGGAAAAGUUAUAAAGAUCUCUGCUGUUCUUUGGGCAUUUAGUGGUGUUGCAACGUGUGCUUAUGGCACAGUAAAAAUAAUGGAAAUUAAAGGUAUAAUUAAGUAUCAACAUACUUUGAUCACUGAGAUUACAUUUGCAAGUUAUAUUUACUUGUUACCUUUAUUCUUUGUAGUUUUCUUUCAUUUUAAGAAAAUAAUAGCAAUAAAGCGACAUCAGUCUGUUACAAGAACGCAACGUUACACACAUAUGUCUCGUUCUAUGUCAAUUAUGUUCAUCAUUAUAAUUGCUAUUUUCAUUAUUAGUUUCACUCCAUUUUAUGUAUAUAUAGUCAUAGUUUACGUAUGUACUGAAAACAAUUGGGAAUUAUAUGUUUGUACUUCUUAUACAUUUGUACUAAGCUAUAUUAUAGCAUCUCUUUGUAUCAUGUUUAAUAAUUGUAUAAAUCCAAUCGUUUAUUUCAUGUUUUCACCUCCUGCACGUCAGUUUCUUCUUUAUUGUAGGAAAUAUUGCUGA